AGCAUGCAAUGCGGCGCGCGGGGAUUUGUUUUGAUGUUACUAACAUGGGAGUACUGCCUCAAAGUCCCCUAUAAACAGAUACGUGUUCAUUGGACUCAUGUAUGUAGUAGGGUGUGUUUUAGCAGUGAAUGGAGGAUGAGCAGCUCAGGACAGAGCAGCGGGACAUCAGCUGACCCCUUUGAAGACUUAUGGAGGCAGCUCAGAGAGUGCCAACAGAAUGCAUUACAAGAACUUGAGGCAAAAGUGACCAAGUUGAAAAAGGAGCGCUAUUUAGAUGCUCAGAGACUUGAGGUGUUUCACAGUCGCACCCAGCAGCUAAAGGAGCAAAACAAAACCCUCCAGGAUGCCAUCAUCCUCCUGGAGGAAAGGCUCCGUGAAGGAGGGUGUGAUCGUUGUGCCAUCUUAAAGGAGGACAUGAAAAAUAACCAGGAUCAGAAUGUACGACUCAUCGCCAAACUCAAGAAUGAAAGAAACAGCCUCGAGGAUGAAAACAGAAAACAACAUGCUGAACUGCAAAAAUUAAAGAUUUCUUGCUCAGCGCCGGAGCAAGUUAACUCCCCAGAACAAGAAGAAGGCGUCAUCCCAGACUCACCUAUUAUGGCAAGCUCGCUGCCUGUAGCAAACAAGCUGAAGAAACGAAAGAAUAUCGACAGAAUGAAGCAUGUCCGCUAUGCAGAGAUGCCUCUACCAAAGGCUAACAACUCUCUCUUUAGCGCACUGGAUAAGGAGCAUGUUGAUGCUGUGACGAAUCCUGGAAGAGCACAAGUUCUUGUACCCAACACAUGUGAACUGGACACAACAGAAAUAUCAAAUGAUGUGAAUGUAAAUCUGGAAGACGCUAUAGCAGAAACCUGCGGCCUUGAACUCAUUCACAAGCCUCACAUGAAAAACAAGACGACUGAAGGCCAGCAAAGCAGCUCAAAAUGUCCCCGGACGUAUGCCGUUCAUUUAAACACAAACAUAUUUGUUUCCCUGCCUUUAAGACCUUACCGCUCCGCCCCUUCUUCCAUGCUGCUCCACAGUCCAGACUCCACGUCAGAAAGUUCUCCGUCGCUUCUCCCAUGUGUCAAAAGGUUUUCAGAGGAAGGCUCCGUUAACAAAGCAAAACGGAAAAAGGAGGAAAGGGUCCUGCAAGAGAAAGACCAACAAGGAAACCAGGAAGGGGCCGACAAACAAAAUGGAGGCAAACUAACUUUGAGCAAUCAAAGCUUUAAGCAGGGGCUGCGCGACAGCAAGUCAGGACAAAAUGAGACUUUCAACCAAAAGCCAAGUGUUUCCUGUUUGAGUCCUGUUUUCAAGAAGCCAGAUGUUAAAGCAAACAAGAACAGUGUUAGAAGGAAUGGAACACCUCAGCAGGAUCUGAAGGCCUCACACAACCGACCUGAAGGAAAAGAUGGGGAAAGGAAGAUUAAAGUGGAGCCCAUGUGGAGCAUGGACCCUGCUCUCUCCCGGUCCAUGUAUGACAGUGAGUGGAGAGGAGAUGAGCCAAGGGAAGAGGAGGAAGAGUGUCCUGCAGAUUUGGUUGAUACUGACCGCACUUGGGUCAGUCACAGCCUUCUCCUGGGUCGGGGAGAAAAUGCCCAGGACAGAAAAGACAGUGUGUCUGCACUAGGAGAGAAGGCAAAUGACAGUUUGGACAUGAUGUUUGACACCACAGCUUGCGGGGAGUACAACUCUCACUUAGGCCGGAGCCAGCCCUGUGGUGGUGAUGAGGAAGAGGAUGAUGAAGAAGGAGAAGAGGAUGAUGAUCCUCAUGAAAACACUAUGAGCCAAAUAAGCAGGCGUAAAGCACGAGGUCCAGCGUUUGCACACAUGGCUGUGGUCCGCAAGAAAGACGAGAGAAGAAAACUGAAGGGCACUACCUGCAAGGAAUGUGACGUUUAUUACGCCCAUCUCCCAGAGGAUGAAAAGGAAAAAAAGUUAUCAGCAUGCUCGAGGCACAGGUUUCUGUACAUUCCUCCUUGUACUCCUGAAAACUUCUGGGAAGUCGGAUUCCCAUCAACUCAAACCUGCAUUGAUCGAGGUUAUAUAAAGGAAGACAAGAAUCCCCAGGCUCGUACUCGGAGAAGACAACCCUACAAUGCUUUAUUCUCCCCCCUAAAGCAAAACCAGGAAGAAAGAUAAACAACAAAAGUAUGUUUGCCUACCUAAAAUAACUCUUUAAAUUGUUCAAUUUUCAGAAAAGGCUCAUUACUGUAUACAAAUUGAGCUAAGUGUGCAAUGGAUCUGUUUUAUACAGUGAUCUUAUUAAGAAAGUUGACACCUUGUCAUCUUUUCUUUUUCUAUUUAAAUUCUUUGUCGUAAGUGUUUUCUAUAUGUCUUCACUGUUUGAGUGGCUUAUGUGUAUCGGAGGUUAAGAUGGUGACUGAGUAUGUUUUGGGUACGUUUGGAUAAAUAAAAAUGAUUAUAUCUGGAG